AUGCUCGAGCCUACUACCUACCAACUGUACUAUCCCGUUGGGACGCCACGGCCAGCGUGGGAUUUAGUAAAGCCUGGUCGAGUAUCGUUAAGUGGUCGUCGGGAAGACCACAAGGUACGCAUCAACGAGUGGAUUGAGAGCUGCGAUUUCACACACCAGGGAUGUGCAGUCAAGGAUGCUGAGUUACCGCGUCGAGUUCUUGACAUUGGAGCUGAAAUCAACCAUCGCAUAUACCUCCACGUUUCAGAAAGUCAGGUCGCUCCAUAUGUGGCAUUGAGUCAUUGUUGGGGUAAAGGCCCUGUCUUGCAAACCACAACAGGGACCGUUGCGAACCGUACCCACGAGAUUAGCUACCAUAGCCUUCCCAAGAGUUUCCAAGACGCUGUCACUGUUACUCGUAAUAUCGGAGUUCGAUAUCUUUGGAUUGACUCUCUUUGCAUUGUCCAAGACGACACAUUGGACUGGGAAGUUGAAUCCUCCAAGAUGGCAUCAAUUUACAGUAAUGCUUUUCUCGUCCUGGCAGCAUCUCAAGCAAGUGAGUCUUCAGAGGGGUUUAUAGACAGAAAAGAUAUCGAUUUUCAGCACACAUGGCAGCUCAAUCCUAGCAAGUCGACCAAGAUAGCUCAUAUGAGGAAUCCUGACUCUACCACGUCUGAAAUAUACAGCAGACCGAUGAGUACUGGUCAUAGAUCGGGAGAAUCACAUCAUCGAUGGAAAGUCACUAGCUCGCCGUUGAACCGGCGAGGUUGGGUUCUCCAGGAGAGCAUACUGGCGCGAAGGAUCGUCCAUUUUACUGCCAGUGAGAUGGUUUGGGAAUGUGUUCAGUGUCUCAAGUGCGAGUGCAUGGAAGUCGAAGCGGACGAGUCAGAAGCCACCUACUGGUCAGAGUUUAACAUGGUCAGGAACUCGAGAACGAAGCAUCCAGGUUCAGAAAGGAUACCCAGAAUCAACGGGCUUUAUGUCCAAUGGCGCGAACUCCUUGGUUCCUACGGAACACGAGUUCUCUCUAAAGACGCAGAUAGACUACCGGCUCUCUCAGGUCUCGCGAAACAUUGCCAAUCACAAGGCGCUGGGAAAUAUCUCGCAGGGCUGUGGGAGAAUGACUUAUUGAAAUCCUUAGUCUGGCACCCUCGCACGGAUGAGCCAGUACAAAGAUGGAAAGAAUACAUGGCACCAACUUGGUCUCCUUUCUCUGUGGGGUAUAUCGAGAGACUAGAUGGACUCAGGGAGGCGGGUUACUGGUACUGCUACGAAGCAGGAUAUCACGAAAGAUGGGGUAAGCCUCAAGCACAGAUCCUCGAGGCGCAAUGCGUCCCCGCUGGAGAGGAUCCUACUGGUGCUGUUAAAGAUGGAUUUCUGGUUCUUCGCGGUGCAAUGAAGAAGGAUAACCCUGAUAGUCCAGAUCAUAUAUGGAUGAUGUCAGACUCCGAUGAAUCAGACUCUGAUGAUCCCCUCGAAAGGACGGCUUGGAGUUAUAUUUCCUGGGACCGCCCCACAGAACAGACCGAACGCUCGGAGAUGGUCUUUUUUCUGCUGUGGGCUGAUUUCAAGAAGGGUUAUAUCAAGGCCCUGUAUCUGGUACCUGUGCAAGGUGCGCCUGGAACCUAUACGAGGACUGGUAUAGUCGACUCGCACUUUGGAGACAAAGGCUUGGCGAAAUUCCUCAGAGACGUAGAAGUGGGUGAGGUAAAGAUCGUAUAG